UUAUUUUGCAAUCGCGUAUAGGUUAAGUCUUAGAAACCACGCUGCUUGUAUUUACAUAUAAAUUACAAAAAACAAAUUACAUUGUUCUUCUGUGUAGAUGUACAUAAUUACUAAAAAAUGAAAAAUUUGACAGUGACUCAACGUGCUAAUCGAUUUUUAGAAAGUUUAGGAAUUCCAAUUUUAAAUACGAAUUAUUUAAACAUAUUACAUGCCGUCAAUUCGAUCAACGAUGAUUUUUAUUUAUUAUUAAGAAAUAAAAUAUACAAAAUUCCAUCAGACUAUUACGCUGAUGUCGUUUCAUUCGAUAUCGAUGAAAACUUAGAAUUCGUUAGUUUGGAAUAUUGUAGUAUAUCCCAGGAAUUAUAUGGUGCUUGUAAAUCAGGGGAUAUUAUGAAAAUAAACGUUGCACUUAAUUUUGAAUGCGAAUUAAUAACUAAACUAAAUGUUGAUUUACAAUGUAUGAAGUUAAGCCCUGAUCAUGAAAUAAUUACAUUGGUUACUGCCAAUGACACUGUGAUUACGAUGGUGUCAACUUUUCAAAUAUUAGCAGAGGUUAAUCUGCAUACCCCAGAUUUUGGGCAAAAACAGUUUGUAACUGUUGGUUGGGGCAAAAAGGAAACUCAGUUUCAUGGGUCAGAAGGAAAGAAAGCUGCAGUAGCUAAGCCCAUAGAACAAAAUGAAAAUGAUUUGGACACUGGAUUAUGUAGGAUAACUUGGCGCGAAGAUGGUUCAUUAUUCGCGGUUGGGUUCUUACAUCGCGAGAACAAAAUGCGCCAGUUCAAAAUAUUUAACAGAGAGGGUAUCUUACACUAUACAAGCGAACUAACUAGCAAUCUGGAAGAACCAUUAUCAUGGAAACCAUCGGGAAGCUUAAUCGCGACAACACAAAAUAUGUGCAAUAAAUAUGUUGUUGCAUUAUUUGAAAAGAAUGGUUUGAAGCAUAGAGAAUUUGUACUUCCAUAUAAAGCAACAGAAAUGAAGGUAAAGGAUCUAUUCUGGUCACCGGAUUCAGAAAUUUUAACAAUUUGGGGUGAAAUGCAAGAAAAUUCUUCUUCGGUAUUACAAUUGUGGUCUGAAAAUAAUUACCAUUGGUAUUUAAAACAGUCAAUUAGAUUUCCUGUGGAUAAUUCGUUAAUACGCGCAGCAUGGUGUACAGUAUCAAGUUCCAAAAAAUUGAUCCUUUUAACAUACAAAGAGUUUAUUACUUAUGACUAUCAUUGGACCGUACAUCAUAGUAAAGGCAAAAGCGUAGAUGAUAAAUCUGUUGUCGGCGUAAUUGAUGGAAACAAGUUAUUGGUAACUAGUUUCAGAACAGGAAUAGUACCACCGCCGAUGGCGCAUCAAACUUUAGAAACUUCUGACUGUAUAAAUGCUAUUGUUUUUGCACCUGAUUUAACGAAUAAAGAUAUCUGGAUAAAUAGUAAUGCAUUCUUUUGUGUUUCUGACAGUAACAAAUUGUUAUUUUAUAAACACAUACCUGAAUCCCGUUUGUUGGAGUACGAAUAUAUUGGUUCAUACGAUAUUAGAUGGAACGUGUUAACCGAGUAUGAGAAUUGCUUGUAUAAUAUACAUCAUUUUUUGUGGGUCGAUAAAGAUUACAUUUUAUGUUCACUGUCGGUGAACAACCAAAGUUUUCUUUGCGUCUUAACGUUAGAUGCGAUACAUGAUCAAAUUCAAGGACAAAUAAUAGCGAGACAAACAUAUAUUAUGGAAGGAUUAAUUCAACAUAUUAUUCCAUCUCCUGAUCCGAAAGAAGCAUACGUAAUUGUAGGAAAUUCUGUUUUAAAAUGGACACCCGAAGAAAUAAUUCCAAUUAACACGCGAUUGCAGGGUUGUAUUUAUCAGGUAGAAGUUGUGAAGAUUGGCAUUAAACAUGUUAUAUUGUCAUUGUAUCACAGAAACUGUUUUUCAAUAAAUGGAAAACAAGUUGCUAAUAACAUUACAAGCUUCUUCGUCCAUUCAGAAUUCUUGCUUCUUACAACCGCUCAACAUACAUUGAUAUGUGUUAAUAUAAGCGAAGAUGACUUUGAAAGAUUAACUAAAGAAAAUUUUACUAUUAAACCAUGGGAAAGUAAAGAUCUCGAUAAAACAUCAUUUGCAAGUUUAAACAUAAGGCGAUUAGAAAGAGGAUCUCAAUUAAUAAUAUCAGUGGCAAAAGAUUCAAGAACUAUUUUGCAAAUGCCACGCGGAAAUUUGGAAUGCAUACAACCCCGAACAUUGUCUUUACAUAUUAUUGGAUUUUAUUUAGACAAUUGUAAUUAUCUGCUAGCGUUUGACUUGAUGCGCAGGCAACGCAUAAAUUUGAAUUUAAUUUAUGAUCAUGAUCCAAAGAAAUUUAUCGAGAACGCGGAUAAGUUUGUGGAACAAGUUUUUAAACCAAGCUGGUUAAGUUUAUUACUGUCAGAAUUAGUAGACGAAGAUGUUACUACAACGAUAUACUCAAGUUAUUAUCGACGGAAUCGAUUCAAGUUAGAUGCCGUAUCGACAAACAAAGUCGAGUUAGUUUGCGACUUAUUACAUAAUAUUAUGGAAAAAAAGAAUAACAAUAAUCGUAUGAUUCAACCGAUCUUGAUUAGCUUAGUUAAAAACAAAAACAAGCAAGGAAUCGAAGCUGCAUUGACCAAGAUAAAUGAAAUUCGAAAAUCAGCAAGUUCUAUAAAUAGCGACGAAUGUAUCACAUUCGAUGAAGCAUUGAAAUAUUUAUUAUACAUAGUGGAUGUGAAUGUACUGUUCGAUAUAGCUUUGGGUAUGUACGAUUUUGAUUUGACAAUGUUUAUUGCAUCUAAAUCGCAAAAGGAUCCUAAAGAAUAUAUACCUUUUUUGAAUGAUUUGAAAAAGCUCGACGAGAAUUACAUGAAAUAUUCUAUCGAUUUGUAUUUGAAACGUUAUGAUUCUGCGCUCGAACAUGUCGCGAAAGAGGCUAAUAAGUUCAAUGAAUGUAUAAAUUUGAUACGCAAUCAUGAUCUAUAUUCGAAAGCUUUAAAAUUAUUCGGAAAGGAUAGUGAACAGUACAAAGAAGUGGCUAGAAUGUAUGGAGAAUUUUUACAGAAGAAGAAACAGUAUCAAGAAGCUGGAAUCAUGUUUCAAAGAAGCUGUGACUUUAAGCAAGCUUUAAAUGCUUAUACGUUAGCUGGUAGCUGGCAAGAUGUCAUUAUUUUGUGCACCCAAAUGAAACUGAGCGAGACAGAAAGGCAUACGUAUUAUAAGGAUAUCGUAGAAUAUUUGAAAAUAAAUAAAAGGUACGAAGAAGCUGCACAGAUUUUAGCAACUUAUUUGAAAGAUCCUACAGAAGCAGUAAUUGCUUUAUGCAACGGUAAGCGUUGGAAGGAUGCUAUUAAAAUUGCUUGCGAUACCCAAAAUCUCGAUUUGAUUGAAUCAUAUAUAAAAUCGAGCGUUUACGAAUAUGCGAACCAUUUGGUGUAUCAAACGCAAAAGAAUAAACAAGAUUUUGAGCAAUAUAGAUCGCGUCUCAUCGUGGUCAGAGAUAAUAUUUCUCAGCGAAACGUGAAAUCGUAUACCGAAAUAUCUGAAAAUGAAUCGAUGUAUAGCAAUAAAGGUAUCUCGGAUAUUCUUAGCGACACAAGCAGCAUUGUCGGAUCAACUGUGAGUCAGAAAUCAAAGCUUUCUACUCUGUCGGGAAGAAGUUAUAGAUCAAGUAAAAACCGCAGGAAACAAGAAAGAAAAUUUUUAAGUUUGAAAGAAGGCAGCAUUUUUGAGGACUUGGCAUUAAUACAAGCUUUAUAUCAAAUUAUCAGCAAUACGUACAAAGAGAGAGACGAGUUACAUAUUUUGAUACAAAUGCUUGUGUAUUUCGGUGAUGAUGAAUAUGCUGAAAAUAUACAAAAUUCUAUGGAACAAUUUCUUUUAUUUAUAGAUAAAAGUAAAUCUGAAAUUUGGAACAAAUCUGCACCUUCGAGUUUAAUAGAAAUGGAAAAUACGGAAUUAACAACGUUGACGGAAGCGCAGGGAUUGUCUGUAUAUCAAAAAUUGAUCGUCGUUCAGACGGAAGUUCACCCUCUGCGGAUGUUGGUAUACAGAAGAAAAGGCGCGGAAACCGAGACAUCUUAUUGGCUGGCAAAACGGUAACAUAGUUUGAACAGAUAAUUAAUUGCAUUUCAAUUGUUUUGUAAAUUGACAGGUCUAAAACGUCUUCUCGAAUUGUAAAAUUGACAAAUCAAUGCUAAAGAAUAAAUGUUACCAAUACGAUAGA